GGAGAAGAAGUGGGUGACCGUUGGUGACACAUCCCUACGGAUCUACAAGUGGGUCCCCGUAACAGAGCCCAAGGUUGACGACAAAAACAAGAAUAAGAAGAAGGGCAAAGACGAGAAGUGCGGCUCGGAGGUGACCACCCCAGAGAACAGUUCGUCCCCGGGGAUGGUGGACAUGCACGACGACAACAGCAACCAGAGCUCCAUAGCAGAUGCCUCGCCCAUCAAGCAGGAGAACAGCAGCAACUCCAGCCCUGCGCCCGAGCCCACCUCAGCCGUGCCCAGCGAUGGCACCGAAGCCAAGGCGGAUGAGGCCCAGCCGGAUGGCAAGGAGCACCCUGGAGCGGAAGAUGCUUCUGACGAGCAGACUUCACAGUCUUCGGUGGAAAACUCGCUGAACAGCUCAGAGAAAGUAGAACGGCAGCCAUCUGGAGACUCGGGCCUGGCGGCCGAGACGUCAGCCAUCUCUCAGGAUUUGGAAGGGGUGCCACCCUCUAAAAAGAUGAAACUGGAGGCCUCUCAGCAAAACCCCGAGGAGAUGUAGACACGAAGCCCAGCCCUGUGGUCUGUGUCGUGGAAGGCCGUGGCACGCUUCCUUCUAGAACCACGUGGCCCAAGCGAGCCCUCCCGGGUGCGAACAGAACUCCUACCGUGUCCAGUUUACCAAGUGCAAAUCCAAGAACACCCAGAACGGCGUCGCUUCUCAGACGCCGAAGAACUCUGCUGUGAAGCAAAAUACUCGAACCUUUACACGACUGUCCCCGGGAGGCCACCGCGGCCCAGGGGCGUCCGCGCACCGUCUCGGAAGCCAGGAGCACAUUGGCGUCGCUGCUGUGUCCCCACUUCUCUGUUUAAUAAGCUGUCGAGGGCGGCUCCGAUCAGGCGCUCCCUGUUCUUUGGGGCUUCUCGCUGUUCCACAGAUUCCUUCCGCUUUCUUUUUUGUGCCUUGUGCCCUCGAGGUGCCCUCUGGCAUGUCCCUGGUUGUUUUGCAUCUCCCUUUGCGAAGUGCCCUCUUGGUUCUGUCUGGUGGUGCCAGGUGUCACAGACUCCCUUCUCUCCUCCCUGCUGGGGACUUCAUGAGGGCAGGCGGGGCCGAGUGGGGAGCCCCGGCUGCAGACCAGCGGGAGCUCAGGGGCUGCUUGGCUUUCCCCUACGUGGGGCUUGGGCACAGCCUGAGCUCUUGGGGGUCAGUCCCAGCCCCCAGGCCCGAGGAGUUGUGGGCAUCGGGGCACAGGCCCCAAGGGCUGGCCUCAUGGGUCCCAGCCGGACCCUCCGUAUGCCCUCACCCCCCUGGAGCAUUCGAGGCUGCUUGUUCGUAAGCCCCUACAGCCCGAUGGACGCGCAAAACCCUUAGAUUUUUCUAGCACUUCCACCCCCCCCCACAUCACCACCGCCUCCUCCAGCAGCGUUUUCUCCCAGCCCUCCGAAGACGGAGUGGUCUCUCUGGCCCACCGCAACUAUCUCCUUCCGGCAGAUCCGGGCCGCGAGGCUGGGCGUCGGGGCAGAGGUAGUUGGUGCUGAACUUGGCACGUAGGACGUUGCUGGAUUCCAGCCAGCAGCCCUCUGCCUGCCCCGCCCCCUGGCCCCUCCUCCGGAGCGGCGGGAUCACAGUGGCUGAGCUGCAUCGCGUCGGAAUCACGCUGACUCAGUGCCAGCUAUGGACUGAGUCAUCCCCAGGACGCGGUCGCCUCCACCCGGAGCGGGCCUUGGUGUUUGGGCCUCGAAGGCCGGAAACGAGGCACCCGGAAUCGGCGAGAUUUGCACCCUCCAGGAAGGAGUGCCCGACUGUCUGCUCCCCUCCACCCCUUUGUCUCCCCUGGAGCUGCCCCGUGGACGGAUGCCCGCUCGUGUGCUCUUGAGGCAGGGGCUGCUCUCACCCAAUAGCCGGGUCCGGACCGCGACCUUUCCUGAGCUUCCUCUAUUGCACUGGAGUUUUCUCCCUUGGAGUUGUGUUCUCGGGGGUGGGGGGAGGGUUCUGUUGGGGUUUUUUUGUUGUUGUUUUUUGUUUGUUUUUGGCUAAUCGGUGCAUAUUCAGGUACCACCUUCCACCUGUGGCUCUUUCUCCCGACCACCGUGGGAAGCGUCUGCCAGAUUCCAUUUUCAAAGAGUUCCUGAGGGUGAGGCUCUUAUUAUUAUUAUUAUUAUUAUUAUUAUUUUUCGAAGGGGACCUAUCUUCCUGCACUUCACGAAGAAUCAAAAUGUUCCUGAAUUUCAAAUACCUCAUGCAAAAUAUCUCCUGAAAUAAGGGAAGAAGAAAAAAAGAAAAAAAACUUUGAAAAUCUUAAUGUUGAAGUUAGCAAUGCCGAAAGGUUUCUGUCUUAAAAAAAAGAAAUCCUUGUACUUCUCGGUUUCGCCCCUCAGGCAGGCAGUUCCCGGCACCUGUGCCCCGCGCCGCAGGCGCAGCCAGGAGCGAACCUCUCAUAGAUCUGGGGCGGCUUGCCCCCACACCCGGCGGUUAGGGCCAUGUGUUUCUUUGUGGCGAAAGUCCAUUCUGGUGACAGAUGAAUUUGGAUAUUUAUUUUCUUUUCUCUUCUGGGAACCGAGAGGUUACAACCAAGACAGCUGAAGGAGAAUCCAACGCGCAUCCAGGGAACCAGAAAGGCCUCGAGGGUUGCCCGCGCCUCUUCUGUCCGGGGGCAGCCUCUCCGGACAGGCAGGGGGACUCGAGGGUGAACACGAUGUCCAUGGGACCGAGGCUGUCAUUAGUUUUUCUCUGAAGUGCCUGAAGGGAGGAAUGGGCCAGAAGGUGGGACCACUGGGCCCCCCCGCGGCCACGCCAGGCAAAAGGCCAGCAGCCCUGCACGCGACGCCGGCCGAGAAGGCCUUCCACGCGGAACCACGAGACUGCAGAAAUCCAAUGUGCUUCCUGCCCCACGCAGCCCGCUCCUCGGGGCGCUGCUCUGCUCGCCCUGUACCCCUCGUCCUCCUCCAGGCCAAGAAUCUAAGACCUUCCAGCCACCAAGCCAGGGGCGGGGGGUUCGAAGCGCAUGCCUUCCGUGGACAUCAGGCCCCGUGGCCUCAAGGGCUCCUGGGGCAAACUUCAUUACUUAAUUCCCCCCAAACUCGAAGCCGGGGAAACUGCGGGUCCACAUUCCACAAAGUGCUGGCACUUAGACACCCACAACCUGGAAGGCUAGUGACUGAGCCGUGCAGGGGGGCGGCCCCCGCGAUCACACGGUGUCAUGGUUUGGAAUGUUCAUUCUUGCGAGGACCUGGUUAGAGGUAUAAAGACCUUUUUCCACCGUUACCUAAUUUUUUUCCUCUUUUUUUUUUUGGUGUGUCGUACAGCAGGUAUAAUUUUUCACUUAUUUAUUCCAUCCGUAGAUAUGGUUUGUACAAUGUACAAUGGUUCUAUUUCCGAAAAUAAAAAAUGAAAUCAUGC